AUGACAGCUGGCCAGGCUCUCCAGGCGGGCGAGAUUGCUACCAGCAUCGACAAGGUGACAGAUAUCUCUUCCAAGACCAAUAACAUAGCAACCGGUAUCAGCAUGUUUAACCUCCAACAAACCACACCACAAGUCGUCGGUAACUUCGGCCAGAUCAUCGACCAGCUCAGCGCACUUGUCAGCGGCCUCAACGCCAUGGAGAGCCCCAAGGGUCAAAGCUCCGGGUCCUCACCUUUCUCAGAGGCCGACCAGCAGAAGAUCUACGAAGCGUUGACGACCUUUGUUAAAGUUCACCAGCAAUCUUUGAGCACCCUAAUUGGCAAACAGGGCAUCAUAUCCAUGACCCCGUACAGCGUCACUAUCUCAGCGGCGUUGCGGAGUUCUGAGAGUGUCAUUGAUUCGCUAGCAUAUGCCAUCAUUGGUCUUGUUCCUACCUAUGCUGAUAAGGCCAAGACGGAAAAGAGCUCUCUAGAAGCAACACUCGCGCAGUCUAUUAGCGCUUAUAAUUAG